GUCAUCCCACAAAUAAAUCAGUGGUCUCUCUGCAUUAUACAAUGUCUUGGAGGAUCUUUUAUAAAUAGCACUAGAAAGAGAGCAACAAUCAUCGAAUUAUAAGCCAUCAGUCCGGUGAUCAAACUGCAUCUCCAAAUCCAACCAUGGAUUCCCACCGCCAGCUCCUUCAGAAUCUCCUCUACCCUGGCGGUACGAUGACCAAGGAUCCCUACCAGCGCCUUCAGAUCGUCCUCAACCCUGACGGUACAAUGACUCGCCUCAAAACUCCAGAGACCCCGCCCACAUCCGAUCCGAGCCCUGGUAUCCCAGUUCUCUCUAAAGACAUUCCCAUCAACCAAUCAAACAACACCUGGGUCAGAUUGUUCCUACCACGGGAAGCAUUUGAUAACUCACCCACUAAGCUACCCCUCGUGCUUUACUACCAUGGGGGAGGGUUCAUCCUGUUCAGUGCGGCCUCAUCACCUUUUCAUGAUUUUUGCGUGAAUAUGGCGACUGAACUCCGUGUCAUCAUCGCAUCGAUCGAGUACCGUCUUGCACCGGAGCAUCGCCUGCCAGCGGCUUAUGAUGAUGCCGUGGAAGCGUUGCACUGGAUCAAAACCGCCCAAGAUGAUUGGUUAAGAAAGUAUGCUGAUUUUUCUACUUGUUUUAUCAUGGGCAGUAGUGCUGGGGGUAGCAUAUCCUACUAUGCAGGACUACGUGCAGCUGCAGAAGUUGACCAUUUAGAGCCGUUGAAGAUCCGAGGGCUAAUACUGCAUCAACCAUUUUUUGGUGGGAUCCAGAGGGCUGGGUCAGAGUUGACUCAUAUUAAUGACACUAUUUUGCCCCCAUGUGUCACUGAUGUUAUGUGGGAGUUGUCCCUGCCAAUUGGGGUUGACCGUGAUCAUGAGUAUUGCAAUCCGACGGUGGGCGGUGGAUCCAUGCUCUUAGAGAAAAUCAAGGUGCUAGGAUGGAGGAUUUUUGUGAGUGGUUGUGAUGGGGACCCAUUAUUUGACCGACAAGUUGAGCUGGUGAAGAUGUUGGAGCAGAAGGGUGUACACGUGUCGGGUCAUUUUGGCGUUGGAGAUUUUCAUGGGGUUGAAUUUACUGACCCUUCGAAGGCCAAGGCAUGGUUUAGAGUAGUUAAGGAUUUUAUUGCAUCUUGCUAGGAUGCAUAAGACAUGAAUAAAUGAUGUUCAGUGAUUGAAUUAUGCUGCUAAAUCUUAAGGGUUUCUCAAUAAAAUCUUUUGUUUCUUGAAUAAUAGCAUCUUGCAAUAUUUCAAAAAUAGUUUAUAAAUCCUCUAACGCUUCAAGGUUCAUACCAAAGUAGCAUCAGAG